CACACCAAUAACGCCGCUUAAUCAUAUAAAUCGUUACAUAUUUCUACUAACUGUAAUAACUAAGCAGUAUGCACAUGCAGUCUACGCGUACCUGCCCAUAAACUGCAGUCACAGCAUAAUUGGUCAUCGGAAUAAAUAUUAUAAUUUGUAGAUUGUACACGGCGAAUAACACGCCAACACGCGGGGGCGUUUCUCAGACCGCAUCAAUGUUACAGCGGUCCGCGUCGGGACCUAUACACUCGGUCCAUUCUCUUUGUACGCGUGAGUUCAAGAUGAUCUAAUAAUCACCUUGACAUUUGGCGUCAAGUGCACUUCUUGUUUUUUCAUUUCCCCAGUAGGUAGGUACAUAGAUUUUAUAUGCCCACCAAAUGUGUAAUUUUCUGCGAGCCCGACGCUUCCGACGCCCAGUCAUGGAUUUAUUAAAACAAAACCGUUUGCACCGACACCGCUCCGAUAUAGUUUUGAAUUGGCAGCCGACGAUCGAUGAAGACAUAAAUUAACUUUCGCGAGAAGAUGAAGAUCGUCCUACAGUUUAUUUUAUUUUUUGCCAUACUAUGGACAAAAGCGCUUUCUCAAAAUUACUACGUCCCAAUUGAAGAAAACGAGUUGGCUUAUGAAUUUCAUUACAAUAUCAAUGACUUACUCUCAGGUGUCGUAACACAUCGUUGGGAAUCGAAGUAUGGCGAUUACGUAAGAGGGUCGUAUAGUUUUCUAGAGCCUAAUGGUAUGAUCAGAAAUGUAAACUACGAAGUCGACGGAAAACGUGGUUACAGAGCAGUAACAAAAUUUUUGAAACCACGACAAAUGCCUAAAUUGAAUACAUUACAACCUUCCGAAAUACCAACUAAGUAAAUAUCCAUUAUUGUACAUUAUCUACUCUUAUAACUAUAAGUUAUACAACGUUGGUAGACGCCUAGAUUUAUUUUUAUGUAUUUCAAUGUAAACAAUUUUUACGUUUUUUUUUUUUUGA